GGCAGGCUAGAUGGCAAAGGAAACACAAACCUACAGACUCACAACUCCAAGCCAUACCUUCACAGAGACUAUGAAGAUGACAAUACUGCUCUGUGCUAUCGUGCUCCUCUCUCUCUCUGUUUUUGCCAUGGAUGAAGAAAGACGCCCACAGCCCAGAGAGCCUCAGUGUGAGGUGUAUGAAGGCGGCAUGUGCUCCAGAGAGUUUGAUCCUGUGUGUGGGAGCGAUGGCAACACAUACACCACCGAGUGUGUGCUGUGUCGUGAGAACAAGCUUAAACACAAGCAAGUCCUGGUCAAGCAUGGAGGAGUGUGUGAGGCAUAACAAGAAGUCUCUCUGGACACCUGUCCUGCCGGAAUGAUCCAGAGGAGUAGUAUCACUGGACAUCAGCUUUCGAAAUCUGUAGACUAAUAAAAUUAUGAAGCAUGAAAA